AUGGAAGCUUGCAACUCGAAGUCUACAAAAAUCCCCAAAAUAUUGCCAGAAGAUGGCGAACAUGCUGAAGAAACUAAAAAAUCACUACCUCUUUUACCAAAUGCUAUUCCGCUACUUGGCCAGAUUCCAUCGCUGUCAUUUCAGAAUCUUCAACUUUUGUUGGCCUAUCAAAAUUCUCAGGCGCAGAUGCCGAUGCUUGCAGUUUCACAGCAGUUGUCAAAGUUUGCAGCUUUAUCAUUAUCAGGACCUUUAUUAUUUCCGUCACAGUAUGAUUCUUUGAAAGAGCUUUCUUUACCUGUUAUGCCUCAGACAUCAAAUAUUUCGGAUCCUUCAACCACCAAUCUGAGUUUUAUCAACAAAUUAUUGACUGAUAUGAAUUCUGCUGCGCCGUCGGAACCAAGAAGAGUGGAGUCUUGCAACCCAGGUGACUAA